CCAACAACAAUCGCUUCCGGGUUCACGCUGCCUCGCAGACCCUUGGAUGAAUCUAUGAAGGUAGAUUUUUUGUUUUAAAACUGUGGCUCCCAGCGUAAGGUAGAAAGUUUGACUUAAUUGUGAGUCUGAGCUCAUGAGCUCAGUGUAACGCUGUUUUCUCGUGAGUUUGCUGUUUGUAUCGUGUUUGUUUGAACAUGUCUGCCGAAGAAGCGGACAAAACAACUACCACUGAUGCUAGUGCUGGUGAUGAGGAGGAGGAAUGGCUGUACGGAGAUGAGUCGGAGAGCAAAGAUGAGGAUGAAGAAGCCAAACCGGAUGCUACAAACAGUGCACCUGCUGAUGCUGCAACAGAGGAUGUCACUGCACACGCUACAGGGAAUGGUGUGGCCUCUGAGACCACAGGUGAAGCUGCGGAUGAGGAUGUCGACAGCGACAGUGACAGCGACGAUGAUGAUGAUGAUGUCCGUGUCACCAUUGGCGACAUAAAAACUGGAGCACCACAAUACACAACAUAUGGAGCACCACCGGUCAAUCUCAACAUAAAGACGACAGGCUCAAGACCUUAUGGACAAGCCACCAAGCUGAAAGGAGUUGAUCUAGAUGCUCCCGGAAGUAUCAAUGGGGUUCCAGUGCUGGAGGUUGACAUGGAGUCUUUUGAGGAGAAACCCUGGAGGAAACCAGGAGCGGACCUGUCAGACUACUUUAAUUACGGCUUCAAUGAAGACACAUGGAAGGCUUACUGUGAAAAACAGAAACGGCUACGCAUGGGCCUGGAGGUCUCUACUGUCGGCUCAGUGACAAGCAAGAUCACCGUUCAGCAGGGGAGGACAGGCAAUGAGAAAGACAUGUCCAUUAUGCCUGUUCACGCCUCUAAGCCUGACUUCACGUCUCCUGUCAGCCUCUAUAAGUCUUCUGUCAGUCAGGUCACCAGGAUCUCUCCCCCACAGUGGACUGGCCCGCCUGUUCAAGACAUGUCCUUUUAUACGAAGACGAGCGGUACUAUUGAUGUGAUUGGGGGACAGACGGCCACCAUCAGCAGGGUUGAGGGACGACGUAGACACAACCUAGAUGGCAAUAACAUCCAGGUGAUUGCUGAACAAUCCGACUCUGAACAAACUCCAGCUAAAAUUCCCACUUUCUUCCCUCCUGGACCGAUCCCUCCAAAUAUACCCCCACCUCCUUUCCUUCCACCACCACCCACUGUCAGCGCUGCACCCCCCCUCAUUCCUCCACCCAGGUUACCCAUUACUGUCCCACCUCCUGGUUUUCCUCCUCCACCCAGCGGGCCCCCUCCUGCUAUCAUCCCCACUAUGGACAGUGGUCAUCCAGGGGGUUAUGAUGGGCGCUCAGUCCCUCCAUAUCCAUUCCCACAAGGAGGAUACCCUCCACCUAUGACUGGAGGCCCUCCUCCCUGGCCACCCAUGAUGGACAACUCUAAACCGUGGGAUAACUAUUACCGCCGAGAUGACAAGAGAGACAAAGACAGAGAGAGGCCACGAGAGAGGACACAUGAGCGGGAGAGGGAGCGGGAGCACAGCAGCCCAUCAGCCAUGGGCUACACCAGCGAAGAGGAACGGUAUCGUUAUCGUGAGUACCAGGAACGAGCUUAUGGAGAGCGACAUCGUGACCGGUCAAGCCGAGAGAAAGAGGAGAGACACAGAGAGAGGCGGCACCGAGAGAAGGAAGAGGGACGCCAUAAGUCCUCUCGCAGUAGCAGUAGCAGAAGGAGACACGACAGCGAGGAGGGUGACAGCCAUCGGAGGCACAAACACAAGAAGAGCAAGAGGACCAAGGAGGGCAAAGAAGCCAGCGAGGAUAUGGGCGCAGACCAGGAGAACCAGGAGGCUAUGGAGUAGUGUUCACCUCCUCUGGUUUCUCUUACCUCUGUCUGUCUGCCUUACUGAGUCUCCUGUCGAAGUGAAAAAAAUGAAUAUGAGAAAUUGACCAACAAAACCAGGAAGUCACAGAGUGAUCGAUGCAUCUUGUCACUGCCCUCUCCAUCAAUCUUAAUCCUCCAUCCUGCUGUCUUUGAUCCUCACCAUCACUGCAGACGAAGGAUGAAGAAGCAGAUUAGGAGAUGAGGGACGGUUGGAUUUGUCCUUUUUACUCUUGAUCUUUCCAACUCUACUUGACAUGUGACAGUGCAUCAAUCAGUCUUUAACCUCCACUCCAUUCUGACCCUCCUCUGCACUGUAACAAUUAGGUCCUGCUCAGGAUGAUCAGCAGAUUCAGAUCUUUUCUGUCAUUUGUUUGUUUGAUGUCCUUUUGUUCUUGUCAUGUUAGAACACAUCCAUAGAGCUCUCAGUUGAAGUUGAAUUAAAACACACUUUUGAUAAA